AGGGAGAAAGGGGUUAUUGUGAAAGUAUUAUGAAAUGUAUUCAAGUUAGAAAUUGCCACUAGACCAUUGGAAAACAGCCCCCAAUGACAGGAAUUGUUUACAGAAUUUGCGCAAUAGAGUUCUGUACAAGCCUGACUGAGAGAGCAGAGGACACAAGAAUAUCAGCAGAAACUGACAAGAUGGAAACCCAUUUGAUUUUGGUGGGUCUGCUCUGCCUCUGCAGUCUCUCUUUUAGUCAAGAAUGUAAUCGAGAGCUUCUGGAGAAUGUGGAUUUCCCCGGAACGGACAUUACAUUCCUCCACUCUCCCGAUGUGGAGCACUGUCAGCUGCUGUGCACCCAACACCCUUCCUGCCUCUUCUUCACCUUUGUUCGACCUGACUGGACCAGAGAUAACAGGCACUUCUACUGCUACCUCAAGUCCACUCCCUCGGGACAACCCAGUAUCCAGACUGGACUACAGGGUGUCACCUCUGGGUUUUCUCUGAAACCCUGCAUCUCAGACCUGGAUCUUUGUCUGUCUAAGGUGUACCAGAAUGUAGACUUCAAUGGGGCAGACUACAAAUUUUUGUUCACAGCUGACUAUGAAGAAUGUCAGAGGGUCUGCACACAUGACAAUGGGUGUCAAUUUUUUACUUUUACAAACGAGGAGUUUGGACUAAAAGAAAUCAGGUAUAGGUGCCACCUUAAAUUCAGUUGGACAAUACCAAGGACUCCAGUUGUUCAAAGAAAGAACAAUGUAGUAUCUGGAUUCUCCCACAAAAUGCAUUUAACAUUUGAAACAUUUGAGUCAGAAUGUCAGCACAGAUUAUUUCCAAAUACUGACAUCCCAGGACAUGACUUCGAGACCCUGCAGGCUGCCUCUCCUGAAUACUGUCUGGCACUGUGCUCUGCUCAUCCAACGUGUACCUUCUUCUCUUACCACAGUAAUGACUUCAAAUGUUACCUGAAGAAUAAUCCAAAUGAAAUGAUGACCACAGCCAAACAAGGAGUAACAUCUGGGAUAUCAACAUAUUUCUGUCAGCUAGAUCAUCAAAACUGGGUUAAGGUGGCUUAUGAAAGCGUAGACUUCACCAGUUCUGACAUUCGCUUUGAGCUGAUGGAUGAUGCAGACACGUGUCAGAGGACCUGCUCUGCAGAUCCUAAAUGCCUGUUCUAUACUUAUGUCAAGGAAACCUGCUCUGACCCUUCCCAAAGGCGCCGCUGCUAUCUCAAGCGUGUCAUCACCAUACCUGCUCCUCCUAGAGUUGUCAAACUGAACAAUACUGUGUCCGGCUUCCACCUGAGGAACUGUCCAGCUGUGUGAUCAGCACACUUAAUUAUCUGCAACUUAACCUACAAAAGGUUUCUGUGUAAACAAGGCCAAUAAAAGAAAAAGAUUGU